GUCUUUGACGUUAGUGCUGCUGUGCUAGCGGAACUAAUCUUUGUCUUUCAGCUGAGCGCGUGGAAGUUUGCGCGGUUCCAUUCGUUUAUAGGGGUACAACAUUUAUCUCCAGUAGUAGCCAAUGUUUUUCCUCCGUCUAUGUACUUGUAUGUACGUAAUCAUUUAUGCGUUUUACAUUUUAACUCAAGCAAACAACAUGUGUAUGUGAAUCCGCAACCACAGAUUGAACGAAGAGUUUUGAUGUGUCAGUGUGACACCCAUCGUUCGCGCAGGUGGAGGCGUUGGUUUGUUUCUAUUGCCGUGUUUCAUUCCUUUCUGAAGGAGAGUGAGAUCGACUGAGCAGCAGUGGAUGUCAGUUUGGGUGCUGUGAAUGCUUGUGAGUGAGGUUGUCUGAAAUUAUUAACUUGAUCUGGUGCGGUUUUCUUUGAUUCUUUUGGAAAAUAUCAGACAGGGUUGCGUUUAAAGCACAAUAAUUUAAAGUAACAUUUAAGGAGAUUUGCUAUGAAAGAUCAAAGAAUAGUGGCCAAGAUUCUGAAGUGGGUGUCAUUGAACUGACUGACAGUCAAGAACCAAACCCUGAUGUGAUCUCUCAGGCCAGAACACUGUAUUGAAAAAUAUAACCAGGUGCAUUCUGCUCCCAAGCAAUGUGCAGUCAGAUGCAUCUCAACCUCUAUGUUUGCAAAUGGCUUGCUGUCUGAAGGACGAGCUUUUGUGUUCCAUUUGCCUGAGUAUCUACCAGGACCCUGUCAGUUUUGGCUGUGAGCACUAUUUCUGCCGUAAGUGUAUAACUGAGCACUGGAGCAGGCAGGAGCCCCACGGUGCCCGAGACUGUCCUGAGUGUAGGAGGACCUUCGCAGACCCUCUUCUCUCCCCAAGCCUCAAGCUGUCCAACAUCGUGGAGCGCUACUCAGCCUUCCCGCUGGACGCCAUCCUCAACGCGCAGAGGAGCUCCUAUCCCUGCAAGGACCAUGAGAAGGUCAAGCUCUUCUGCCUCAGCGACAAGAGCCUGGUAUGCUUCUUCUGUGACGAGCCAGCCUUACACGAGCAACACCAGGUCACCACUAUUGAUGAGGCCUACGAGGAGAUACAGAGGGAGAUGAAGGAGCAACUGGCCACUCUGCAGGACAGUGAGAAGGGACACACAGAGGCCCUGCAGCUACUGCAGAGACAACUCACUGAGACCAAGUCGUCGGCCAAGGGCCUUCGUGCGACCAUCGGCGAGGUGUUUGAGCAUCUGCAGCGGUUUCUGCGCGAGCGCCAGAAAGCCAUGUUGGAGGAGCUGGAGACUGAUACGGCGCGCACGCUCUCCGACAUCGAGCACAAGAUCCAGCGCUUCAGCCAGCAGCUGCGUGACGUCAAGGAGGGCAUCGGCAUCCUGCAGGAGCGCCUCAACGAGCCGGGCCGCCAUGACUUCCUGGAGGGCGUUGCCCUCACCUCCGAGAGGUGCUCUGCUUACUGUCUGACUGACCAUGGAUCAGCUGUUCUUCCAAACAGCCACAGUCCUAAACUUUUGAUAAAAGGAAAGAUACAUGAGACCAAUUUAACAUAUGAAGAUUUCCCGACCUCCAAGUACAUGGGGCCCCUGCAGUACACAAUAUGGAAGUCUCUAUUUCAGGAUAUUUCACCAGUGCCAGCAGCUUUGACCUUAGACCCCGUCACAGCCCACCAGAGACUCAUCCUAUCAGAUGACUGCACCAUCGUAGCCUAUGGUAACCUGCACCCCCAGCCGCUGCAGGACUCACCGCGACGCUUCGACGUGGAGGUGUCUGUGCUGGGGGCCGAGGGCUUCGGCUCCGGGGUGCACUACUGGGAGGUGAUGGUGUCUGAGAAGACCCAGUGGAUGAUCGGCGUGGCCAACGAGACGGUCAGCCGCAAGGGCAGCAUCCAGAUCCAGCCCAGCCGCGGCUUCUACUGCAUUGUCAUGCACGACGGCAACCAGUACAGCGCCUGCACCGAGCCCUGGACCCGCCUCAACGUCAAGAGCAAGCUGGAGAAGGUGGGCGUGUACCUGGACUACCCCAAGGGCCUGCUGGUGUUCUACAAUGCUGACGACAUGUCCUGGCUGUACACCUACAGGGAGAAGACGUUCCCGGCCAAGCUCUGCCCCUACUUCAGCCCCGGGCAGAGCCACGCCAACGGCAAGAAUGUCCAGCCGCUGAGAAUCAACACCGUGCGUCUAUAAGAGCUACACACAGUGUCACUAGACAGAUCACUCACCUCAACCCUAACCUGACAAUAGGAUGAUGAUGAUGAUGAUGAUAUAACUAAGAUCCUAAAGACAACUAGUUUUAAAAUGAAGGAAUAUGAGGAAAAGAACAGGGUGUAUGACUAUGGAAUGUUUAUUUCUUUCUGUCUGGUUUGCGGGGGACAGGAAGUUUUCGUGUCCUGCUCUUUUUGCCUGUCGGUGUGGGUCCUCACUAUUCUCACCUGGGAAAGACUAUUGGAACGCUGCUCCAGCAGCAUCGCUCCAACUGGAGCCCUGGUUAGCUUCUUCACUGGUGUAAGGAGAGACUCUGUCUGCAUAGAUGUCAUCCCACAAUGGUUUAGUGGGUGGAUCUCUGUGUGCUGUUGCUGUCUGAGGACCACCUUGCACAAGCCCAAGGGCUCUGCUCUCCUUACAAGUAUCCAGACUGACAGAUGGCUGCUCUCUCUCUCAGCAGCCAGACAUUUGACUCUGGUCUCCUUUCUUCCUCUGUGCAGUUGGCUUAACCGUGUUUGUGGAAUGUGUCUGACACCCCUAUGGUCCUUUUUCUUUGGCAUAGUUAGCAGUUGUGAGUGGUGGCAGUGAGUGCUGGUCCAUGUCCCUCCAUGUACCUGUACCCUUUACUGAUGAAAAUGAUGUCGCAGCUCUUGAUUAUUUUCCCUCAGGUCACACGUGCACUUUUCCAUCGUUGACAAUGUCAGUCAGUCCAAGACGUGCUGGAACGGCAGAAUCAUGGUCCGUGUGGUCUAGUGAUCGUCACUGUAGUAGUAUCCUCACCGCUCCUUCCUUUCCCCACGAGUCAUGCUUUGUUGGUUUAUUCACCUCCAGCAUGCAAGCGCUCUACUCUAGCUGUCCUGUACCUGUGGUUAUUUAUUCACUUAGUGUUAACACUCAUACAUUCCUGAUUCCAUCUCCCUGCCUCCUCCCUCCCAUGACAUCUCUUUAUCGCAUUGUAGUUGUCAAAGGGCAAUCUCAAUAAAUGAAUCUUGACUACUGCUGAUUUACACUUGGCCUAUGGGGCAGAGAACACUUACGACUCGAGCAGCAUGACGCUGCAAUUAAUGUUUUUAAUCAGUCAUUCUGUCUCUUUCAUUUUUUUCUUCAAAUAUGUUGAAACUAGUAAAUGCUAUGGAUACAAUGUUUUUAAUAUAUUUAUAGAUUGUCUAAAUAGUUGAAAGACUUUAAGGAUAUACAAAUGGCCAAGGAGAACAAUAUUAGAGUACAUUAUUAUACUGCCCUGGCCUAUCAUUCUUUUAACAUCCAUUUAGUUCCAUAUGGCUGUUGCAGCGUYAACAGAAUACACUGAUAUGUUUUGAGGCUCAGUUCAUGUUGGCUCCUGCCCCAUAUGCCUCAAGUGCUCUUGUGAUCCCCUGGUUUAAGGCCAGUCCUCUAGAUUGUUAAGGGACAAGAGCUUGUUAUUAUACAAAGUCCAGCACGGAGAGAGCCAGGGGGGUGAGUGUGUGUGUGUUUAUGUCUGUAUGUUAGUGUGUGUGCAUGUUCUGGCCUCCUCAUCUGUGAGGUGAAGUGAUAAAAUAUCACAUCUGUACCCCCUAUGUCCCUGCCUCGUGUGUUUGUUCACUUUGAAGAACUGGGGCAGUUCCCUACAUUGUUGGUACAGUAUGCGCAGUAUGAUGCAGAACCAUGUGGAGUGUAUUUGAAGCAAGACUGCUGUCCUGUGAUAUGGACACCAAACAGGAGAUGAUUAUUGUGGGGUGGUGGUGGGGGUCAUAAUAAUGACCAUUAUAUGAACACUUUUUAAUGAGGAUUGUGUCUUUUGGAUGAUGGCCGCUGUGCACCCAUCGUUGUGCAAACAUACUCUGGUGUGCUUCUGCUGCUAGAGGUCCAUGACAAAUGUUUUCAUGUACAAUUAAAGACAGGUAAAACCAA